GGUAGCGGGCGGGCGGCCGCGGCCUCGCCGGAGCCUCGCCGGCCGCCGGAGCAGCGCUGGUCGCGGAGCGCGGGCCCGGCGGGGGAUGGGGACCGCUCCCCUCCCGCCACCAUGCUGCUGGGCAGGAAGCCGGAGGCGCCCCUCGGUGCAGCCAGGUUUGGAGAUGGAUUGUAUGACUCCUACAUGAGGAUAGAUCAAAUUAGGUACCAAGAGGCUACAAAUGAAGAACACAGCCCCUCAGGACUUCCUUCCCUGGCAAGAGCUAAUGUUUCUAGCAACAAACUUGGGAUGAAGGAUCACUCUCUGACUGGAAGUCAGGUCAAAGUGGAGCAAUUAUUUGAGGACUCUGGGAACAGAAGGAGUAGCACUCUUCAGACUACGGGAAUUACUAGUUCAGAAAGAUCUCUUCCUUCCCUGACAAAAGAUAAAAGUAUAGAGAGCAUAAGCACUUCUAAAGGUGGUGGUAGUUCCUCAAAAGCACAUAAAGCCAUUUCCCAAGCUCCAGAGCAAGCUGUCAAACAGUACAAACAUCAGUUAUCUGCUUAUGAACAGCAGGAGAUAUUUAAUUUUUCUGAGAUCUACUUUGUGGGUCCAGCUGCAAAAAAGAGGCAAGGGGUAAUUGGUGGGCCCAACAACGGAGGCUACGAUGAUGAACAAGGCAGCUACGUUCUUGUGCCCCACGACCAUCUUGCUUACAGGUAUGAAGUCCUCAAAAUCAUUGGCAAGGGCAGUUUUGGACAAGUUGCUAAAGUCUACGACCACAAACUCCACCAACACUUAGCCUUAAAGAUGGUGCGCAAUGAAAAGAGAUUCCAUCGCCAAGCAGCAGAAGAAAUCCGGAUUCUGGAGCAUCUGAAGAAGCAGGAUAAAACGGGCAGUAUGAAUGUUAUCCACAUGCUGGAAAGCUUCACCUUUCGGAACCACAUCUGUAUGACAUUUGAACUCUUGAGUAUGAACCUGUAUGAGCUGAUUAAAAGAAAUAAGUUCCAGGGCUUCAGUAUCCAACUGGUACGCAAGUUUGCUCACUCUAUCCUGCAGUGUUUGGAUGCCCUUUAUAGAAACAAAAUCAUACACUGUGACUUGAAGCCAGAAAACAUCCUCCUAAAACAGCAAGGGAGGAGUGGAAUCAAGGUUAUAGAUUUUGGUUCCAGCUGUUUCGAGCACCAAAGAGUCUACACGUAUAUUCAGUCUCGAUUUUAUCGGGCACCAGAGGUAAUUUUGGGAAGUCGCUAUGGGAUGCCUAUAGAUAUGUGGAGUUUUGGCUGUAUUCUGGUGGAGCUACUGACUGGAUACCCUCUCUUUCCUGGAGAGGAUGAGGGAGACCAACUGGCUUGUAUGAUGGAACUUCUUGGAAUGCCACCUCAGAAGCUUUUGGAUCAAUCCAAGCGAGCCAAGAACUUCAUCAGCUCUAAGGGUCAUCCUCGCUACUGCACUGUGACUACACAUGCAGACGGAAGAGUGACCCUUAACGGGAGUCGAUCGCGCCGGGGUAAAGUCCGAGGUGCUCCAGGGAACAAAGACUGGGUGACAGCACUGAAAGGUUGUGAUGAUCCCUUGUUUAUAGAGUUCUUGAAGGAAUGUCUCAGCUGGGAUCCUUCCACACGCAUGACACCGGGUCAAGCUUUAAGGCACCCUUGGAUUUGUAAACGAACGCCCAAACCACCCAGCAGUGACAAACCCUCCACUAAGAGGAUUUCCAGCUACACAAGUUCUUUCACAGGAAUAGGUUCCAAGUUGCCUCCUGUUGUUGGAGUAGCCAACAAGCUGAGGGCUAACUUAACCACUGACUCCAGUGGAGGUAUACCUCUAUGUACUGUGCUACCCAAACUGGUCAGCUAAUGGAGAAUGAUGCAUUUCCAGAAUACAUCCCUUGUAUUUUAAUUGUUAAUAAUGCAUAAGGAAGUUAAAUGCAGAGGUUUUUAAUGGAUUUACUUUUUAUUAGAGGCUAAAUCUCAACUACAAAAAGCUCCAUCAAAAUGUACACAUUUUAAGGGCUAACUUUUAUCCAGCUGUUUCACUCACAAUGUGGUGCAUGUAUUAUCUGACUGGGUGGGUCAGCUCAGCUAUUGAGUAAAAUGACAGUUUGGCAGACAUGCCAAUAAUGCUGGGUUAGAAAUCAAACUGGUUCUUACCAGGACGGUUUAACAGAUUCUUUUGCUUAUGACAGCAAGGAAAAUGGAUUUAAAAUACAUGUUUCAGUUCAUCUCCAACUGACCUCUUUUUAUUCUGGGGAGAGUUUUUACAUCAGUUGUCAAAAGCACAAAUGUGUUAAUGUAAUGCAUUAGGAACUUGCAAAUUGCUAACUUAUGUUUAAAGAAUUUAAUUUCUCUGCAUUGCUUUCCCCUUAUCUACCCUGAGUGAGAUUUUUAGAAGUGCCAUGGGAUGUAGACACCAAAGGAAUUUGGUGUUGAAAUUUUAUCAUCUGAACAUUACUUUUCUUUCUCCAAAGGAGCUUAGAAACGCCCUGAAACAGAGGCUAUAUCUCAAUCAAACUAACAGCUUCUGUGCAGUUGUUAUUACCUUUAGAAGUCCAUGGAAAGCUGGGAGGGGAAUUCAAGAUCAGGACUGAUCCAUUCCAAGUGUGUGCUGGUUUGUUCAGGGCUAAUGAAUGGAUUCCAUGUUGCUUUGGAGCUCAGAUUUAGUCAUUUUCAGCAUCAGUUCUGCCUGGUGUGUGUGUUUGUUUGCCUGUGUUGUUCACAAAACAAAAACGAUGAACUUAAAGAGCUCGUUUAUUCACACCUUUGAGAUUCUGGUCAGCUUAAUGUCUAGUUUUUUCCCCUGUAGAGUGGAUUCCUUUGGAGUACAUGGAGCUCUUUUCAUAAAAAGCAAACAUGCCACCCCUA